UCUUUAUACAUCAGUCAAUGAAGAAAAACCUGAAAAUUUUUACAGUUUCUUACCAGGAUUGAACUUGGGACCUUCGGUUUCCAAUUAUUCAUCAUACACCACUAGGUGACCAACGAAAUCUAAACUGCCAUAUUUGAAAGAUUAUCGGCCUUUUAAUCUUAUCUAUAUCUUAUGAUGAUUAUUCCAUAAUAAAAUGUUUUUUUAUGAUAAUCCUAUUGAUGAAAAUAGCACUGCUUCUCCACCCGAUAACUUAAUUAGUUUAUCUUUUGAGGUUUAUGGUAUUAAGAAUGAAACAAAUGAAUUAUCACCUAAAAAUGUUGAUAAAAAUUUUGAAUCAAAAGAUGCAGAAAAUGAAGAAACACGCUUGCCAUUUAAGCCAAGAAUUUUAUUAAUGGGAUUGCCCAGGAGUGGGAAAUCUUCCAUACAAAAUGUUGUAUUUCAUAAAAUGACACCAAAUGAAACGUUCUUUUUAGAAGCGACAAAACAUCUUAUAAAAAAUGAUAUCAAAAACAGUCCAUUACUUCAGUUUCAGCUUUGGGAUUACCCUGGACAAAGCAUCAAAAAUAUGUUUGAUUCUCAAUCCGAUGCCGAAAAAUUAUUCAAAAAUUGUGAUGCAAUCAUAUUUGUCAUGGAUGCUCAAGAUGACAACUCUAACCCAUUAUCCCUAUUUGUGGCCACAAUGCUAAAAUCCCGUCCCAUUAAUCCCCACCUAAAGUAUCAACUGUUCAUACACAAAAUUGAUGGCUUAACUGAUGAACAAAAAAUAGAAACGCAGCGAUCCAUAUACCAUAUUUUGAGGGAGGAUAUGGAUGAACCCACUCUAAAAGAUUUAUACGUUAAGUUUUACAUGACGAGUAUUUACGAUUAUUCUAUAUACGAAGCCGUGAGCAAAGUAGUGCAGCAACUCAUUCCUCAACUUCCCACUUUGGAAAAUCUGCUUAAUAUCUUUAUCACGGGCUCGGGCAUUGAAAAAGUAUUUUUGUGCGAUGUAGUCAGUAAAAUCUAUAUUGCCACAGAUAGCAAUCCGGUCGAUAUGCAAACAUAUGAACUCUGUUGUGAUAUGAUUGACGUUGUCAUCGACUUAUCUUGCAUUUAUGGAAUGCCCAAAGAUAAAUUAUUUUGUCCUUUCGACGAUCAAUCUCAAUCUAUAAUACGUUUAAAUACAUCCGCUGUUUUAUAUCUUCGCGAAGUAAACAAGUAUCUAGCUCUAGUAUGUAUAAUUCGGGAAUCCAAUUUCAAAAAGCACGGAUUGAUUGAUUAUAAUUUCCAAUGUCUCAAGGAUGCCAUCAAAGAAAUAUUUGAAUAUGGGAGGUUCUAUCAAAAUAAAAAAUCAAUCAAUGCAAAGUAAUAAUAUAAUGUGAGUCUUAAUAAUUUAAAAGAAAAAUAAUUAUAAGUAUAUAACAUAUAUGAAUUAGCCAUCUAUAUGUAUUUCUAUUUGAUCAUUGUAUACUUUUUUUAAUUGCCACAAAGUUUAUUUAAAUUUGUUAUAUUAUUUAUUAAUGAUAGUUAAUUUUUAUCAAAAUUAUGUCAAAUUGAGGAAAUUGACUAUUAAUUAUAGUAAUUUUUAAUUAAUAUACGAUCUAUUU